CCAUGGAAACUCCCUAUACUUUAGAACCGUUUAGCACACCACAAAUAUAGAAAGAUACCCAUGCUAUAUAUGCAGCUCUUACACACCCCACGCUUCCACUUCUCGUUUUCUUCUUUUGUAUUCGGUUAGAAUUGAAGAUGGGAAGAGGGAGGGUUCAGCUUAAACAGAUCGAGAACAAAAUCAGUCGCCAAGUCACGUUUUCCAAACGGAGAAUGGGGCUUCGCAAAAAAGCUCAUGAAAUCUCUGUGCUUUGUGAUGCUCAGGUAGCAUUGAUUGUGUUCAAUGCCAAAGGGAGACUUUUUGAGUAUUCAUCUGAAUCCAGAGCACCCCACCUUCAAAGUUGGGAGAAUGCUCUCUCUGCAAAGAGCAUGGAAAAUGUCCUGGAACGAUAUGAGAGACAUGCCCAUUCAGUGCAACUUGUUGGAGCUGGUGAUGAAUCGCAGGGAAACUGGUCCUUACAAUGCUUCAAGCUCACCGGCAAAGUUGAAGUCUUAGAGAAGAACUUGAGGAACUUUGUGGGACAAGAUCUGGAUCACUUGAGCAUGAGAGAGCUUCAGAGUUUGGAGCAUCAGCUUGACACAGCUCUGAAGCGCAUCCGUACUAGAAAGAAUCAAAUUAUGAAUGAAUCCAUCUCAGAGCUACAGAAAAAGGCAAAGGAAUUGAAAGAGCAUAACAGCAUACUUGAAAAGAAGAUUAAGGAGCAAGAGAAGACGAUGGCUGAACCAACACACUGUGGGCCAGAAAUCUUAGGCCAAACAUGCCUCCCAGUGCUACAACCACAAAAAAGACUAAUUCCUUCCUUAACACUCGGUGAGAAUUUACAAGCAGCAACGAUUGAGGAAGUGGUUGAAGCUCGAACUGUUCCUAGUACUUCUACUCUCAUUCCACCAUGGAUGCUGCAUCAUUUUACUAGAUGAACUGACAUGACACGGUUAUGUUCGUGAUGUGUGAUGAAUGUCAAAAUCAUAAGCUAUAUAUGUUAAAAACAUAAUGUUAUAGCUGUGUUAAGUUUGAUAACUGCACAUUUUUCUUGUAUAGGAUGUGCUCUUCAAAUUUGAUGGUUUUGCCAAUGUAAGCUAAAACAGCAUUGGCAAAGGAUGCAGAAUGCAAGUGACUCUUGCAUCCAAAUGAUGCACUAUUUUUUACACUGAAGCAAUCGAAGCAAGC